ACACGCCUGCGCAUUCGUGCGCAGACAAUGGGAGACCCUGAAAUAUCACAACAGAAAACGGUGUGCUCCUCGCGUAGGGUGGGAAGAAGUAGAGGAAGAAUGGCCAAAAAUAUCUGAGCUCCAACACAAAAGCUCACUCGGCGAUUGUUGAAUGGUGGAGUAUGUUUUGAUCGCUCGCGAGUGCUGCUCAGUGCUGCUCCGGUCAGGAUCUACCUCUCAACCAUGGAGUCCCAGCAAAGCCGCAAAGUCUACCGAGUUGUGCUCACCGGAGGUCCGUGUGGCGGGAAGACGACUGGACAGUCAAGGUUGUGCACGUUCUUUGAAAACUUGGGAUGGAAGGUGUUUCGAGUGCCAGAGACAGCAACGGUUCUGCUGAGUGGUGGCAUAAGGUUCAGUGAGCUGUCUGAGGAAGAUGCAAUGAAGUUCCAAGAGAACCUGCUGAAGACGAUGGUGCAGAUUGAAAACACGUUUUUUGAACUGGCUGACACAUGCUCGCGAAACUGCCUGAUCAUCUGCGACCGCGGAGCGAUGGAUGCGUCGGCCUUUAUUUCCAAGGACAAGUGGGAGUACUUGCUCGGCAAGAACUACUGGAACGAAAUCGAGCUGAGGGACACGAGAUACAACCACAUCAUCCACAUGGUUUCUGCUGCGAACGGUGCUCAGGCCUUUUACACCUUGGAGGACCAUUCGUGCAGAAGCGAGGGCGUUAGUCUGGCUCAAGAGCUGGAUCAGAACGCUGCCGCGGCAUGGAUCGGACACCCCUACUUUGAUGUCAUUGACAACACUACAAACUUUGAGCAGAAAAUCCGCAGAAUGAUAGAGUGCGUGUGUCACAAACUGGGAGUUGAUACUGGCGAUCGGCUCAAGGUGAACGCGAGGAAACGCAAGUUUCUCGUGCAGGGACCUUUACCGCCAGAUGAGGCGUUCCCCAAAUUUUCAGAUUUCGAUGUUGUGCACCACUACCUGCAAACCAGCACACCGCACAUGCAGGCCCGUCUGCGGAAACGUGGCCAAAAUGGUCACUGGAGCUACAUUCACACGAUCCGUCGACCGGCCGUGGAGAAUCAAGUUGUGGAAGUAAAGACGCAGCUGUCCCAACGCGACUACCAGAACCUGCAGGCUCAGGUUGACGAGUCGCAUUUCACCGUGUAUAAGACGCGACGUUGCUUCAUCGUCACUGUCAACUUUGUGCGCAGGGGCAGCGAAGAGAACCUGGAUCAGCCAGAGAUUUGCCAGCAGAGCCAGUACUUCCAGUUGGACAUCUACCAAGAGCCUGGUCAUGAAAGAUGUAAAGGCUUGAUGCUCUUGGAGACAUACACCUCGCUAGAUGACGAAGGCAUUAAAAAAUGCUUGCCCAAGUUCUUGAACGUUGUGGAUGAAGUGACUGGAAAGCCAGAGUAUUCAAUGUUCAACCUGUCGCUCAAGGAGGACUGGAAGAACAGCAAGAAGUACUGCAGUUACAUGCCAGUCAAUGGGCAGGAUCCACACCUGGUGAAACUUGCUCGACAGAAAAGUCAGCCGUGCCAACACAUCAACGGGAAUGCUUCAACUUAAGUUUUCUUGAAAAAAAAAUCAAUAUAAUGGUUAAUGGUUACCCGAGCGUUGAAAAUUCUACUUUUUCUGUUCAUUUGCUACUAUUACUGUAUCGUUAAGAAAUGGCAAACCGAGUUGUAUUUAUAAAAAACGCUACUUAGCGCGGCAAGUAAUUAUUACUAUUAUGAUCUUACUGACAAUGUCCUGUUUGGAUGAUUUUAUAUACACAAUGCACUUGCUUGAAAACCGAGGAGUGUUUUGUCUGCAAGGCAAUUUUGAGGAUAUUACAGUUAUUACAAAAUGUAUUUCCCCUUCAGUGGGAGUUGAAAUCACUUAGUGCAAUAUUUUUGUAAAUUCAAGCAUUCUCUGCAACAUGUUAUUUUUCGUAAGAUCAUGAAUAUGCAGUUUUUCAUAAAAAAAUCACGAUUGUAUUUUGAGCAAACCGCUCGAGCCUGUGGCCAAGUCCUUACAAUUCGUCUUGAAUGACUUUCAGACAUCUCUGUACGCUUAUCACAUUUAACUUUGUUUCUAUUUUAACGUGAGAGUCGUGCAUAGGAAUUUGUAGCCUAGUAAAGAAGAGUUACUAAUAUUUUCUGUUAGUUCAGUGACUCGCGUUGUAUUCCGAGCAUUUUGUAGCGGAUUUAAUUUUCAGCCCUUCAACCGUGAUGUGCUGUAGGCUAAUAAUUUUUAGACUUUAAUCAGCGGCACUGGUGACUCUACAAAUCGCAGCAGGCAACAAGAGCUCUGCGAUGCAAAGCAGUUCAUCUGCUCUUAAGUAUUGUCCCGUCUGCACCUAUAAUUAAAUUCAAAAAUUGCAAAAGUGUAGUAAAGCGAUUUACACCAUCGUAGCGAAUCAUUUCUUGGUGCCAUAUAAUUAGGUUUUUGUUAAUAGCCCCUUCCUAUGUCUGAUAGAAGUUUAUUCGUAUGGGAAGAGAAAAAUAAAAAAAUGCAAUUUCUUUA